AUGGCCCGCAGAGACCUUCGUGCGGUUCUCCAGACCCUUUCCGACCAGUCCCUCAAGACGUCGCGCCGUCUAGACGACACCUACUACUCCAUUCUCGAGAAGGUCUCCGUAUUGCGCCAGACCAUCGGAACACUGCAAGAGCUCUCUGGCCUGACCAAAGAGCUCCACGAAAACUUCGAGUCGGACACGACAGAGUUGCUGGAGGAUGUGACUGGCCAAGUGGAAGCCUUUGAUGGCUUCAAGACACAACAGGAGCAAGUGAGCGGGUUGGAAGAGCGCAUCAAGGCGGGUAAAGAGAAAGCCGAUGCACUGACGGCGAGGCUCGAACGAGCGAAAGAGCGUGUCGAUGCGAGGGCCAAGUCUGAAGCGCAGUGGCAGGCGAAGAACACCCAUCGCGUGCGCAUAUUCUGGGCUAUAGUGGGCUUCGUAGCUGCUCUCAUACUAGCUCUCAUUCUCUUCCGCCCCUCGCAACCGACCGACCAUCUACACGAACCGAAGAAUACACUCGAUCCUGCGACCAGAGAAGCAAUUCUGAAAGCCGACAUACCAGACAUAGCAAAAGAGGCAAUCAUAGGGCCGUCAUCUAGUACUGCAGGUCCAAAAGUGGAGACCCCCGAAGCGCGGCCUGUACUAGAUGACGAUGAGCGACUGCGCGCAUUCGACGAGUUGUAA